CCGGGGGCGGGGUGAAGCUAAAGUCCCUGCGGGCGCCCGCCCGCCCGGGAGCUCGCCGUGUCCUGGAGCCAGUUCUUGUCUCCGCUCCGUUCCUAUGCGGACUGCGGCAGCGGCGCUCCUGGCAGCGUGGCCCCAGGCGGGCAGCCCCUCUGGGCAGCGGGUUCGCUUCCCAGCGAGCGCGCCCCGGCCCCGCCGCGGCUGCCCGGGAGCGCCAUGAGUUCGGAGCCGCCCCGCACUUCGCUGCUCCGUGCCCUGUUUAAGAUGGAGCCGGCGGCAGCCGCCUCCGAAAUGCUGGUCGGAGCCUCGGAGUUCGUAAAAGAUCGGUUGUACUUCGCUACUUUACGAAAUAAACCGAAAAGUACCGUGAAUACCCACUAUUUCUGUACUGAUGAGGAACUGGUUUAUGAAAACUUCUAUGGAGAUUUUGGACCUUUGAAUUUGGCAAUGUUAUACAGAUACUGCUGUAAACUAAAUAAGAAACUAAAGUAUUUCAGCCUAUCAAGAAAGAAGAUAGUGUAUUAUACCAGUUUUGACCAGCGGAAGCGAGCAAACGCAGCGUUUUUAAUAGGUGCAUAUGCUGUAAUAUACUUGAAGAAAACACCAGAAGAAGCUUACAGAACACUUUUGUCUGGAUCUAAUCCACAAUAUCUUCCAUUUAGGGAUGCUUCAUUUGGGAACUGCACAUACAAUCUUACGAUCUUGGACUGUUUGCAGGGAGUAAAUAAGGCUUUGCAGCAUGGAUUUUUUGACUUUAAGACAUUUGAUGUGGAUGAAUAUGAACACUAUGAGCGAGUAGAAAAUGGUGACUUCAACUGGAUCAUUCCAGGAAAAUUUCUGGCAUUUAGUGGACCACACCCAAAAAGCAAACUUGAAAAUGGUUAUCCUCUUCAUGCGCCUGAAGCCUACUUUCCCUAUUUCAAGAAACAUAAUGUCACAUCAAUCAUAAGACUAAACAAAAAAAUAUAUGAGGCAAAACGCUUUACUGAUGCUGGUUUUGAGCAUUAUGACCUGUUCUUCAUAGAUGGAAGCACACCAAGUGACAGUAUAGUUCAGAGGUUCCUGAACAUCUGUGAAAGUGCUGAUGGUGCCAUUGCUGUACAUUGUAAAGCUGGCCUGGGGAGAACAGGAACACUAAUUGCCUGUUACAUAAUGAAACACUACAAGUUCACACAUGCUGAAGCCAUUGCUUGGAUAAGAAUAUGUCGGCCAGGCUCUAUAAUAGGACCCCAGCAACACUUCUUGGAAGAGAAGCAAGCGAUGUUAUGGCUGGAGGGAGAUCACAUCCGAUCAAAGCAGAAACGAGUAGUUGAUGGAAAUAUUAACAGAGUUCUUUGUGGCUUGAAUGACAUUUCUAUCAGUGACAGCAUGAAUGAAGUACAAGAUUUGGAUCAGUACAGGGAGAAUCCUUUACUUGAUGUAAAAGACCAGGGGCACCUUCUUCAGAAUGAUUUUGAAGACAAAGCAGGUGUGGAAAAUCAGAAUGGCAUGACACAGGGAGAUAAGCUUAAUGCCUUAAAAAGUCGGAGACGGACGUGUUCUGCUACAACUGGAGCUCUGAGGCUGCAAGACAUGAAACUGCACACCAGGUCAAUAUCACAACCUUUCAGACUGAAUACUUCAGGUAGCACAGAAGGAUCCAUGUCUCCUCUGAAGGCCUCCAAAGUGAUGGCAAUUAAUUCACCAUCUGCAGAAAGAAUAAGCAGGUUUUCCACAUCCUCAGGCUCUAAUCUUAAAAGCGUUUCCAUAAACUCCAGACUAGCCAGUUCUCUAGGGAACCUGUAUGCUGCUUCAGAUGAUGAUGAGAGCAAAAGGACAUCAUUGUCCACUAGGACAGGUCUUUGUGUAAGCCAAAUCUCCAGCCACUUGAAUGGCAGCUUGCAGCUGCCUCACAGAAAUAACCAUGAACUGAACAACAACUUAUACAACAGAAACAGCAGUAGUGGCAACAACCUGAGCAGCCAAACCAGUUUUCACAGCGCCGUGACAGAUGAGUACUCAUCAGCCUUCCUUUAUGGGCCUUACAACUCCUCCAGCACGAUACCAGAGUCAAUCAAUUCCUUCCCUUCAGUCUGAACAUGUUCAGUACUAAAGCCUUGCUGUUCUGGUGAAACCUGUUGAGCUCUUAAAAUUGAAGUCCUUCAUGAAGGAGAAGAACUUAAUGAAGGAAGCUGCUAUCUGAGAGGAGGAAUCUUCAAUAGAAGGAAUAUUAAAAUCUUAAUACCAAGAGGAGACUUCUUAACAAGCAGAAAUUUCUUGUUAAUGACUACUGCAGAUGCACUGAUGUUGAAUUUAUGGAAAUUAUUUUACCCCAUGUUAUAUAUAAUUUAAAUUUUAAAUGUUGAGACAGCUUGAAUAUAUUUCUAAUGAGUUUCAUGAAGACAUUUAUUAAGUUGUGUACAGUGUUAAAAUAUGUAUUAAGAGAAUAUUUUGGUAAGCAAUAUAAAAUUAUGUAAAAAUUAGAAUAUAUUUUAGUGUUCAUUUUGCUACAAAAAAGUGUAUUUUAAAGAAUUUUUACAUGUUUAUCAAAUACAAAUGUUGUUUAUACACAAGAUGCUAUUCUUGUUUUAUGGGUCCAUUUUUGCAAAAAGCUUAAUGUAAUUACUUUUUCACUGAUUGGUCUUCUGGUAACUUAAUGGAAGUCUAACUAGUGAGAGACUGGUUACCACACUUUCCACUGAAAGCACUUGAUACAUAAUCUGCUUUCCACUUUCGGCUGCUAAUGUUUCAUGAAGAAACACUGUGAAAGAAAAAUAAAGGGAAAAGAUUUGAGAUGUAAAUUGCAUCCUCCAUUGCAAAGAGAAAGUAAUAUAUCUGAUGAUUGAAUUGUACAAUUAAUGCUUUCAUUCAGUUUGUCUUAAAGGAAUGUUUUAACUUUUUUAUUUUCAUUGUAGAAUGUUAAAUUUUGCUAUGCAAUAUAUACUGCUAAAAUGAAGGCAGACCAAACUUAAAUUGGUAAGAAUAUGUAUGGACAGUGAAUUUGGCAGAGCUGCAUACUUAGGUGUUUUUAACCUACAUUUGGCAAUAUGGGUACAGUUUCCCUAGCAAAGCAUUCUGAAGUAAAUGUUGGAAGUAUGUUAUUUUCACUUAUCAGUUGGAUACUUCAUAAACUAUUUAAUAUGGAAGGUUGUUAAACAUACACCUAACGUUUCUCCUGUGUCGCAGGACGUUUUUUGUCAGUGGUAAAGAUGCUCUUUAGCAUAUAGCUUAAUGGGGUGUGAUUAGGAAUGUGACUUCUAAUGAAGUGGUGUUAAAAUGAAGCACUAGAGAUCACGUGUGAAAUUUUCAGAGCUCCACAAGUGCAUAGUAAGCAAAAAAUAUGUAAGCAGCUGUGAGGAUUUGAUUUGCUGCUGAUGGAGAAGACAAAAAGAAAAAAAAAUAGCUACCUAUUAGUGUUCCCAGUAUCUGCAGAAACUUGAAAAUAAAACUUUGUUAAUUGUCAGUCUUUGUUCCUAAAGACCUGUGAAUGCUCUGCAUUUGCUUUACAACUGAAGUUAAGACAAAGUGCCACAUUAUUUAAAAAAUAUAUAAUCAGGUGACAAAUUGCUAUGGAAAGUUGUACUGAAAGUGUUAGUAAGCAAUACUGAGAGCAGCUAUAUAAAUGAAUAAAAUUUACAUUCAAUACUGUACUUUUUUCCACAACUGUGUAUAUGUAACAUAUACACACACAAAGUAGCAUAUGUGUGUGCAUAUAUAUACAAUAUACUGUAUAUGAUAUGUAGAUUGUAAGGUAAUUCUACCUCUUAUAAAGAAUUUUGUCAUGUACUUGGCUAUAAAUAGUUUUUCUUAAUAAAAUAGUUAAUUUUUAAUUGUAGGUAUGUAUAAAUACAUACAGCUAAUUGAUAAUAAAAUGCUUAUACCAGCCA